CAGUCGCACAUAACCUAUUUUGCACAAGUUAUAAAAAAUAAUUACAGGUUCACAAACAUGAAAUCAAAUAAUGUUGACCAACAACUGAAUGAUGCAGCUGAACUAGGUAGCAUAGAUCGGCUCUACAAAGUAAUUCAGGAUGAUCCAUUCAUUUUGGAGCGUAUCGAUUCUAUAAUAUUUGUCGAAACUCCUUUACAUAUCGCUGCAUCUAUGGGUCAUAUCGAGUUCGCCGCUGAAAUUAUGAGGUUGAAACCUUCAUUUGGUUGUAAGCUAAAUCAACAAGGAUUUAGCCCUAUCCACCUUGCAAUGCAAAACUACAAAAAGAGGAUGGUGGCUUGUUUCAUUAACAUGAACAGGGAGCUUGUUAGAGUUCAAGGAAGAGAAGGCUUAACUCCACUUCAUUUUGCAAGUCAAAUUGGUGAUAUUGAUUAUUUAGCUAACUUUCUCUCUGUUUGUCUAGAAUCAAUUGAAUACUUGACUGUGAGGGAUGAGACUGCACUACAUAUUGCUAUUCAGAAUAAACAGUUUGAGGCCCUUCAAUUACUUGUUGGCUGGCUCAGAACAAAUAAGGAGAGAGGUGCUACAGAGUUGGAAAAUAAAAUACUAAACCAAAUGGAUGUGGAUGGAAACACUAUUUUGCACAUUUCAGCUCAAAUUAGUGAUCCACAGACAGUUCGAUUGUUGGUAAAUACUGGAAUAAAUUUGAAGGCAAAGAACUUUGAGAACAAAACAACAUUAGACAUGGCAACCAAUGCUGAGAUUAAGAGUAUAUUGUUAAGUGCUGGAGCUCUCAGACUUACAGAUGAACUAAUAUCAACGACGAAUAUAUUGGAUAAAAUGUUAAUUUAUAUACUUCGCCUUAGAAGAGAUAUAUCAUAUAAGCAACGCGAAACUUGGUUGAUAGUUGCGACACUUGUUGCGACUGCCACUUAUCAAUCAGCAAUUAGUCCCCCUGGUGGAAUUUAUCAGGCUAAUGCUGGUGACAAUAAUGUGAACAUCACUUCCUCCAAUUCUACUAUUUCUAACCCAGGAAAUGUUGGGAAAUCUGUUUUGUCAAGCCAUGAUUUCUUAGUGUUUUCGUUGAUGAAUACGCUUUCCUUUUUGGUAUCAACUAUAGGAAUAUUGAUUUUGACCCCUGGUGGGAGAGUUGGUGCUCUAGUGUUCUGUCCAGUGGGUUGGUUUGUCCUCAGUUAUAUAAUUUCUCUGGGUAGAAUAUCCCCUACACAAUUCAAUAACAUAAUUGUUGAGAUCUUUUCGUUUUCAAUUGUGAUUGUCGUGAGUGGCAUCAUGAUUACACUGUACUUGAGAUAUCAAUACAUUAUUAUGAAAUGGAAUAGAUAUAAAUUAUAUAAUUGGGAAAAGAUUGGUACAAAAAAAUCACCAUCCAGAGAUGCAACUCAACCCAUCCACCCACUGCUGGAUUCUUAGAUAUGCAACUCAGACCACUGCUGGCUGAAUUCACGAACAACAAUAUUUCCACAAUAAUUUCUAUUUUUCGUUCUUAACAGUCUUAGCA